AUGUAUGCUGCAGAGUUCACCACAAAUGCUGACCAGCACUAUUGCGAGUAUGCCAACUGUUUUAGCGGUCAUCCUGGCACUGUACCUGCUAUCACCUAUAUUGAGCACAAAGAUCCGAGCAAGCCCGGUAAAUGGCUUUGUGACAAAUGCAGCCGAUACCAGCGCUCCAAGUUCACUACCAAGAAAAUAAGUGAUGCAGUAAUUCCAAAUACCUCGAAGCAUGGUUUCGGCCAGUCUGAAUAUGAUGGUGCUGCAGUUCACAAGCAGACUGCAGAGGUGCAGCGUGGAAAAUCCCAACUUCCUGUUCGUGCAGUGGGGCUUAGUGUAUCAUGUGGGAUGCCUCCACCUGCAUUCAUCCCAGGUCCCGUUCACCCGAGGCGCGCCUCAGCAAAUCAUCAAUUUGUUCCUUUACCCAACUGGCCUGCAGCUCCUGGCCCCUCAGACAUCCGCCGUGCAAAUCCAUUAGGGCCCAACAUAUCUAUUUAUGGUCGGGACCCUCAGUUUAUUGUGUACUCAGACCUUCUUCAAACUCUGCCACUCAAGCCUGGUUAUCAAGAUGCGCAUAAAAUUUAUGAAGAGAUGCGAGACCGGCUUGCUCGACAGGCCUAUGCUUCAAGUGUUCCCGAAGUGGUAUGCGUCAAGGCAUACCUUGCAGUGAUGAUUCCACGGGCUAAAAAACCAACUCUAAUAUCUGAUAUAGUCGAGUCAAUCAGCAACAUCCCUUACCGUAUUGGUGCCAAUGACCUUAAAACUUCGGUGUACCUCACCCUACUUCCCAUGUUCAUCAAGUGGUCCAUGGGUCUUACUUUUACGUUUGAAGAGGCACAUUUGCGUCUUGUUAGUAGUUUCGAGGAGAUUCUUCCCCGUCCAUCUGGAGAAGACAUCAAUGCCAUAGCAUCCCACUUCCUCAAGACCAGGAACAUGAAGCAGCAGUUCAACGCUGGCAAGGGGAUCGAACUUCACCUCAUUAUUCCACAUACAAAGUUCCUUGCCACUGAGCAAAGGCGAAAUGCAUACAUCAACCAGGAUACACCUCACGCAACAGCGGCAAGUUCAUCUGACAUCCAACAUCUUUCAAGUCCUGCAUUAGUACUAUCUGCGGUGUCCCCAUCAAAAAAUUUGCAAAAUGGCAUCCAAUGUUCGCCUCACCCUGUCAAGCGCAAAUUAUCAUCGCAUCACACACAGCCUCCUGUCCCAUCCACGCCCCCUCAAAAGCCUCGGACUUUGGAUGCUGCAGUAUCUCCGGAUUAUGGAGCAUUCAAAGCAGCACAAUUCGGCUUUCUAGACAAAGCUAUCCUUGGACCGUCUGGAUCUGAUUCAACUCGCAUCUGCUUAAAGCAGUGCUACUACCAGACCGACAAAUCCAAGCGGUUUCCUUAUCCCGAUUCUCGGCAACUACAGCUGCUGCAGCCAGAGAUUAGAUGCAGCAUAUGGGCAGGAGCACUCAUGGACCGGGUUCAGCAAUAUAUUGCCACGGAACUAGUGACUUGCAGCACACCUCCCUUCAAGAUUCCAAAUAUCCGCUUCAUGCAUAUUGCUCUUGCCACUAUCGAGGACGCUGGUGUUACCAAAACAUAUCUAAUUGAAGAGUUCAUUGACGAGUCCAUGCAAGGGAAAUUCACCAAGUAUAUAUCCAACGACUCGCCUUCCCCACUGCCACACCUUGAUGCAAAUUCAAGUGAAAUUGCCCAGUACCUGUCAUUUGCACAACACGUCCAAUACAUCAAGACCAAGAAACUUGCUUACGUUGCAGAUUUUCAAGGCUCGUCUUUAUUUUGGAUAUCUACACAUAGCUUAUUCGUUCUUGACAGUGAUCUUUCUGGACACCUGUUCGCAGAUGGCAACUUGGCAUCUGCAUUUUCAUCUUUUGUGGAGAAACAUCGGUGCAACAUGUUUUGCGAAUUUUUCAAAUUGCCAUGGGACUGGUCUCGUCCAAUACCCCCAUUGUUCCAUAAGACACCAGAAGAAGUUGCUGACAGCGAGAGAGACUCAGAGUCUGAUGACAAAAGUGAUGACUUUGGUAAAAAGAGCAUGGUUCUGGGAACUCGCGAUGAUAUUUCAAAAGACUAUUUGAGCAAUCAUGACGUGAGCUUGUCGGGAAAUGGCUUGGAUGAGCGAAUCGAGAGCGUCGAUGAUAUCUUGCAUUCCUGCAAGAAACGAACUGCACACUCAUGUGUCCAUACCGUUGGCGUUUGCUGGCUGGGACUGCGUGGAGCUGGCGCGGACGCUGAUGGCGUGGUUGGGGCGGGUGACCUGAUGCUGGUAGAAGCCGGUGGUGUAGGCAUUGGUGCUGGCAAAGUAGUGGGCGCCAGUAUGGGCGGGUGUACCGGCGAUGGUGGUUUGAAUGGCGAGGGCGCAACAGAAGGUGCCAGUGACGUGGCAUUUGGUGGUUUGCAUGGUGGUGGUGAUGGGUGCCAGCUGGGGACACGCAUUAGCGUGUCUGAUGGCGUCAAGAUGGGUGACGUGUGUGCUGAAAUGGGUGCCGGAAGAGUUGGCAUGGUGGCUGCAUUCCUGUGCGAGUUUCGCAAAGGGUCGCAUGAAUGGUCCAAUGAGUGA